CGAAAAUUGAGACCGUGAUAGAAAAAGAUUGUUCCAAAUUAUUGUUGUUUUCUUGACUAACAGUAAUGAACAACAGGCAAGAUAUAUGGAAAAAUAUAUAAAGAAAUGAUUUACGUGACAUUAUGAAUUGUUUCUUGUUUUGAUUUAUCAGUUGCACCGCGGUACUGUCGAAGUGUAUAGGUUUUCGGAUGUGACAUCCAAGGUCUUUCUCAGAGUUUUGAAUCUGACUCAGCCAGGUAUACUAUGCAACACCUUGUAAACAAAAAACUUAGAACUGAUGCAGCUGAUCAGCAGAUAUGUCCACAUAUAGAAUCAGUGUUAGCAGAUAAAUAUCUUGCUGCUAUAGAACUAGAUGACGUGUAUGUAUGUCAGGUUACAGAGAAGAAGAAAACAUCUGAAAUCCUGAGGCAUUUAACAGUCAAGUACCCGCUGGAUCAGUAUCCACAUAUAAAGAGAGUAAAGUCUAGUCAAGCUAAUGGAACAGCAAAUCUACAAAUUGUUAUCUGUAAGAAAUCAUGUCAGUCUGAAGAAGAGGUCAGAUCUUUACUGGAACCGUUUAUUGAUAGUAUUGGAGCUGUUGGUGUGGUCAAGAUUCCAGCAAGCCCGCCACUCACACGGAACCAAUAUAACAACUGUAUACAAUACUGGCCUGUCAACUUCCAUGAAAAUAAAGUAAUCAGUCGUCUGCUAUCUGGCACAUUCUUUACAGACAAAGAGUUGAGAGUAAUCAGCAAUCAUAUGGUAGAGGCAAUCAGAAUGGUACAACUAGCUAAAUGCAGUAAACAGAAACCUAUAGGAGCUGUAAUAGUGGAUCCAUUAACGGACACGGUGAUAGCAAAGGCUUAUGACAUACGAGAAGUUUCUCAUCCUCUUCAUCAUGCCACAAUGGUGUGUAUAGACCUGGUAGCUAAAUCUCAGGGUGGAGGAAUGUGGAAAUAUCAACAAGAGGCUGACUUCUAUUCUGCUGAGCCUGAUGUGAAAGAAAGGAAAUCAGAAGAGCCAGAAAGUAAAACGGGACCAUAUUUAUGUACAGGAUACCAUAUGUAUGUUACACAGGAGCCUUGUGUCAUGUGUUCCAUGGCUCUUGUUCACUCUAGGGUACAGCGUGUAUAUUAUGGUAGUUGCCAACAGGAAGGGGCUCUGGGAUCCAUGUACAAAGUUCAUGUACAGGAAGGGUUGAAUCAUCAUUAUGAAGUAUUUAAAGGUGUGAUGAAAACGGAUUGUGAUGAUUUAUAUAACAAUAUAAUAGACAGAUGAUAUAAUUAUAUUACACAAUGGCUAGUACCAAGUAAUGCUUGGUUAUUAUUAGCUGCACGUUCUAUGAAAUUGUGAGUAUGAGAAAAUGCUUGAAAUUUGACGUUGAAGGAAUAGAUACUGUUGGGAGAAUAGUAUUGAGAUAACUCAAGAAUUGUCAAGAUUAUUGGGUCUUGUUGAUACAGGUUAUGAUGGGAUAUGGGUAUCAUGUGAAGAUUAAGCUAUAAGAUGGAAGGUAUUGAUAAUGAAAGUCCUGGGUAUAAGGUUUGAGGAUUACCAUACCAAAAAUACGCAUGUCCAUUCUUCCAGUGGUCAGUCCGUCUGUAAUCCAUGACCACUCUAUAUAUUCUUAACUGCUUGGAUGAUUCUUUUAACAAAACUAGGAUCAGUUGUAGAUGUCACCUGAGCAAGCUCAACUUGCACCUAUAAGAUAUACCAGGGGUAUAGCGAAGAAUGCAUUUAAACAAAAUUUUUGUAUUUAUAGCUUGUGGCCGAGCGUAACUUGAAUGAUUUUGCCAAGUGUUAAGAUUAGAGGUGAAUUGCAAUUAUUGGUUGGUUUAGAAAGUGUUCAUUGUUUGAAAAAUACAUACAUUUUAAGAUUAAUUAAAUGAAACUU